AAUUGGCCAUAGGACUUCAUUCGAGUACUUAUUCUUCUUUCCUUUACUCUUUAGUAUCAUUAUAUCUUUUUUUCCCCUUCAAUAAGAAACACAAUGGAUGCUCUCUCUUCAACUUUCCUUUCUACAUUAUCACAACACCCUAAAUCUCUUAAUAAUUAUUCAUCUUCUCCUACUCUUAAAGUUUUCUCCGUUAGAAUUGAUGAAAGGCCACAAACAAUCACCACCACUACUACUAGCACAAAACCACAAGAAAACCCAACCUUUUCAACACCAAAUCCAACUCCAAAAAGAGAACCUAUGCCCUCAAGAAAACCUCUUGAACCAUCAUUUUCCUCCGUUAUCUUUAAUGUAUUUGAUGAUUUCAUAAAUACUUUUAUUGAUCCUCCUUUGAAAUCUUCUGUUGAUCCAAGGUAUGUUCUCUCUAACAAUUUCGCUCCAGUGAAUGAGCUUCCUCCUACUGAAUGCCAAGUAGUGAAAGGCUCCCUUCCACCUUGUUUAGACGGAGCGUACAUCCGAAAUGGUCCUAACCCUCAAUAUCUACCACGUGGACCUUACCAUCUUUUUGACGGCGAUGGAAUGCUUCACUCUAUUAGAAUUUACCAAGGCAAAGCUACGCUCUGCAGCCGAUUCGUGGAGACUUACAAGUACACAACAGAACGUGAAGCCGGUUCCCCCGUUUUCCCUAAUGUGUUCUCCGGUUUCAACGGUCUCACUGCCUCGGCCGCGCGUGGUGCUAUCACUGCGGCCCGGGCUAUUGCGGGACAGUUCAAUCUCACAAACGGUAUAGGCCUUGCUAACACAAGCUUGGCUUUAUUCGGGGAUAAACUAUUCGCCCUCGGUGAAUCUGAUUUACCAUAUGCAGUAAAAAUAGCCCCAGAUGGUGAUAUUAUUACCCUCGGCCGUCACGAUUUUGACGGAAAACUUUUCAUGAGCAUGACGGCACAUCCCAAAAUCGAUCCGGAUACUAACGAGGCUUUUGCUUUCCGUUACGGUCCGAUGCCUCCGUUUUUAACUUACUUUCGGAUCGAACCAAACGGUACGAAAACCCCAGACGUGCCCAUAUUCUCCAUGACCCGCCCGUCAUUUCUUCAUGACUUUGCAAUUACAAAAAAAUACGCAAUAUUUUCAGACAUACAAAUUGGAAUGAACCCAAUUGAGUUAAUCACAGGUGGUUCACCGGUGGGUGCAGACUCGGGGAAAAUCCCCCGAAUUGGCGUGAUUCCACGUUACGCCAAGGAUGAAUCGGAAAUGAGGUGGUUCGAUGUACCAGGGUUUAAUAUUGUACACGCGAUAAAUGCGUGGGAUGAGGACGGAGGUGAUACGAUAGUGUUGGUGGCACCGAAUAUAUUAUCGGUGGAGCAUACAAUGGAGAGGAUGGACAUGAUACAUGCAUGUGUUGAAAAAGUGAAGAUAAAUUUGAAGACAGGGAUGGUGAGCAGACAUCCAAUUUCUACUAGGAAUCUUGAUUUUGGAGUCAUCAAUCCUGCUUAUGUUGGGAAAAAGAACAAGUACGUUUAUGCAGCCAUUGGUGACCCUAUGCCUAAAGUAACAGGAAUAGUAAAAUUAGACGUAUCCGUCGCAGAAAUUGAUCGUCGUGAUUGCAUAGUGGCAUGUCGAUUAUUUGGAGAAGGCUGCUUCGGCGGUGAGCCAUUUUUCGUGGCAAAAAAUCCGGCAGGUGAUGAAGACGAUGGCUACGUAGUGUCAUAUGUACACAAUGAGAAGACAGGGGAAUCAAGUUUUUUGGUCAUGGAUGCAAUAUCCCCUAAUCUUGAUAUUGUGGCUGCUGUCAAAUUGCCUCAUCGAGUUCCUUAUGGUUUCCAUGGGCUUUUCGUGAAGGAAAGUGAUCGUAUGAACCUGUAGAUAUAUAAUUCAUUAAAGGAUAAUUACGCUACAUAGUCAUUUGUCAAAAAUAAUUAUAAAAAAAAUGGGCAUUCGCUGUAUAGGCAUGUAUAGUCAGUAUAUAUUUCACGUAUAGUCAAACUAUAUUCAGUUUUUGAGUGUAUUAUAAUGUAUAUUCAGUAUAUAGCUCAUGUAUAAGUAAUGUAAAUAAAACAUGACUAUAUUUGUUAUAAACUAAUUAGUUUAUUGUA